AUUGAAAGUUAUAAAAAAUUCCAUUAGUAUUUUGACUAUUUGCAUAGGAAAAAAUGAUCAGAUCGAGCUGAAAAUUUCAGAGAAUACUAAACUCACUGCCCUCUACAACAUAUGAAAAAAAUCAGCAAAUUCUGAGAUAUCUCACCUUCGUCGUUAUCCCAUAGUGACUGAUUUUCUCAGAGAUUUGCUCUUAAGAUUGAUUAUCUAAAUAAUGGGGCUGGAUUUUUUUAAAGCUCAAAAUUAGUUGAAUUAAUUCUACAUCAUUUAACGAAUUAUGUUGAAAAUAUUUGGCCACGUAACAUGAGUCAAUGUGAUAGUUGUUCGCACGCAGCGUGGACAUGUUUAAUAUAUAUUUUAGACAUUCGAGUUAACUACAGUGCCUGAUUUUUGGACUAAUAAUCUUGAUCGUACACUCGAAUUAGAUGGUCGAAAAACAUUUCAUAGUGAUCCAGAACCCAAUACAUAUCAUAAUGUUUCACAUGAUGAUAUGUAUCAUUUAGAUGAAUUUUAUGCAUGGCAAUAUAUUGAUCGUCUUGUUAAUGAUAAGAAUCGAAAAGAAUUCGUUAAAUAUCUUCGAAGAUAUAUUUCAAGUCAUUAA